UACUAGUAUUUGACCUGCUCUUUUGGCAGGUCUCAAUGUGCAUUAAUGGAGUUAAAGGACGCAUGCUAAAUGGCAGGCAACGACGACAAGCGCUUGGGAUAUGAGCAUGCGCAGGGCACAUGCUCCCCAAUGUCAUGGGAAGUACUCUAUAUUUUCCGCAACGAACUGCAUCGAACGUUGCGGAAUGGCCACAGGACACGACAUGCGUCGAGGAGGGACGGCCGACCGUUGGUGGUGGCGGCGCAUGCCAUACUGAACCUGGUUGAUCAUAACGUAAUCGGCUCCUUCGUCAUCAUCGUCGUCGGAAUCGUACGUAGGCGUGGAUUCUUGGGAAUUCUUCAUGUAUACGUCCAUCGAUCGACAGUCGCUGGAACAGAACGAAGAGCCUUUCAUCGACCCGCUCAAGACCGUAAACCCGCUGGCACAAUGGGAGCAGGUUUUGCGCAUCAAAAGCAUGGUCGGGCUGUUGAAUCGAGCGUCGCUUCGAUCCAUGUCCGUGGUGGUUGGGGUCACUUGCGCCGUGAUGAUGGUAGUGGUCAUGGCGGCGUUCAAGGUCGAUAAACAAAGCGCGCGGUCGGAGGCAAGAAGCGACGGGUCCCUGACAUAGGAAAAAC